AUGCAACUAACAGCCACAAAAGCGCCCUCGGAGGAGAUGUCCUUGACGAACCACGUCUUCUUAAACAGUCGUGAAUACAACGAGUCGCUGCGCUACAGCAUUUUUCACACAGGCGUCGCGCAAGUGGGCGAACAUAUCGCUGGACCAGGUGCUGGGCAUCGAGCCCUGCAAGAUCGGCCCGAACGGCUACCUCAGUCUGGCCCACCUCUCUGUCGAGAUGCACGGGAAGAAACAGUAGGUGCCCCGGUUUGUUUCAGCGCCCACUUUAGGGGACCCCGCGACCCAAUAAAUUCGGACCUCCUCUCCCAGAAAUUCUCAACUCACAUGGCUGAUACACCGCUGACGGUUGACCAGCCACUUCUCUUUCGGUUCGACCAGCUUCUUCUGUCAGUCACGGUCAAGUCAUUGUCAGCGGUAUCCAUGCAGAAGGGGGACAGCAAGUGCCAGUUUGGACUACUCACGGGUAACACCAUUGUGACGUGGGAACGCACACCAGAGUCAACCCUCUUGCUGAUCGGAAAAUCGAUCCAGGGGGGUCUGGGAGGGGCAGGCGGGCACAUGAGUAUCAUAAACCCCAACUGGGACUUUGCCCAGAUGGGAAUCGGCGGUCUAGACAAGGAGUUCUCGGCUAUCUUUCGACGCACCUUCGCCUCUCGGAUGUUCCCGCCCGAGGUCUCUCAGCAGCUAGGCAUGAAACACGUCCGAGGCAUUCUGCUCUACGGGCCGCCGGGCACUGGCAAAACUCUGAUGGCACGCCAGAUCGGCAAGAUGUUGAAUGCCCGCGAGCCCAAAAUCGUCAACGGGCCCUCGAUCCUGGACAAGUACGUUGGCGAGUCGGAGGCCAACAUUCGAAAGCUCUUUGCCGACGCGGAGGAGGAGGAGAAACGACUGGGUCCGCACUCCGCGUUACACAUCAUCAUCUUCGACGAGAUCGACGCCAUCUGCAAGACCCGAGGCUCUGUUGGCUCAGGAGCUGGGGUACAUGAUACCGUGGUCAACCAGCUUCUCACCAAACUCGAUGGUGUCGACCAACUCAAUAACAUCCUCGUCAUUGGGAUGACCAAUCGUCGCGACAUGAUCGACGAGGCACUGCUGCGUCCAGGACGUCUUGAGAUGCAACUCGAGAUUUCACUGCCAGACGAAGCCGGUCGACUGCAGAUCCUGAACAUCCACACCGCGAAGAUGGCGGCCUCCAAGAAACUGAGUCCUGACGUCGACCUGAAGGAACUCGCCGCACGAACGAAGAAUUUCAGCGGUGCUGAAAUCGAGGGCCUCUGUCGGGCUGCCGCCUUCACGGCGAUGUACCAGUUAGUCAAGCCAUCAGGAAAGGAGAAGAUCGACCCAGAUGCCUUCGACAAGCUCUUAGUCAAACGCUCCGAUUUCAUGUUCGCCCUGGAGAAUGACGUCAAGCCGAUGUUCGGCACCGCCGAUGAGGAGCUGGCGCACUAUGCUCCCCGCGGAAUAAUGAUCUGGGGCGACACGGUGACCCAGUCGCUGGCCAUGGGUGAGUUGGCGGUUCGUGCGGUCUCCCAGUCCGACCGGGAGACCUAUCGGCCCGUCACUCUGCUCCUAGAGGGACCCCCGAAGGCCGGCAAGACGGCGUUGGCCGUCGAGAUCGCACGACGAUCGGGCUUUCCUUUCGUGAAGAUUGUCACCUCACACAAGAUGAUUGGCUACACGGAGACUGCGAAGUGCAUGGCCAUUAAGAAGGUCUUCGACGACGCCGCAAAGUCUCCAAUGAGUGUGGUAAUUGUGGAUAACAUCGAGGGCCUUAUCGAAUACAACCCAGUUGGGCCCAGAUUCUCCAACUACAUGGUCCAAGCAAUCAAGGAUCUGGUCUCACAGCCUCUUCCUGCCGGUCGCAAGAUGCUCGUCCUCGCCACGACUAGCCUUCGCAGUGCCAUGGAGGAGCAAUACGUGACGCACUCCUUCUCGUGGCACAUCCACGUUAGCAUGAUGUCGAAACCGGAGCACAUUGCGUCGGCCCUGGAGGAAGACCAGCGCCUCACGGCUCAGGAGUGCUCGCAGAUUGAACGGAACCUCAUCCAACGCCAGCAAACCGACCCUUCGUUCACCCUCUGUGUUGGAAUCAAGCACCUCAUCGACCUCCUGGAUCUCGUCUCGAAGAUGGAACCAGAGCACCGGGUAGCAGCAUUCCUCUCCAAGCUUGAAGACGACAGCCUUGUCUAG